AUGGCACUAAAACUGGACAUGAGCAAGGCUUAUGACAGGAUCAAAUGGGUUUUUCUAGAAGAAGUCCUUGGUAGAAUUGGCCUUGAGAAGGAGCUGGCAGAUGAGAUCAAGGAAGCAAUACUUCAUUCAGUUGGACUGAGAGAAGCAAGGAGCUAUGAGAAGUACCUGGGAUUACCAUCGUAUGUUGGCAAGCACAAAAUGGCAGCUUUUCGACCAGUCUUGGAGAGCAUAAGAUCCCAAAUGCAAAAUUGGACAAUUAAGUUCCUGUCACAAGCUGGAAAGGAGGUGCUUCUAAAGGCUAUAGUCCAAGCAAUUCCCACUUACUGCAUGAGCAUUUUCAAGCUACCAAAAACCAUCUUGAAUGCCAUCAAAUAA